CACAUUUGGACCAGGAGACAAGGAGACCCAUGGAGUGCAGGAGGAUCUGAGGUUGUGCUAAAAGGGAAGCGCGGGGAAGGGGAAGAAAGGGAAGACCCCAGCUCCUAAUAAUAAUAAUAAUACCCCGCCCAUCUGGCUGAGUAGCCCCAGCCACUUUGCCUUUCCUUCUCCCGAGGGGUGGCUGGUGAUGGGGGCACAGACACAGGAAGCAGCCUCAUGCAGAGUCCGGCCAUUGCUUUGCAUAGCUCAGUAUUACCCACACUGACUGGUAGCAAUAGCUCUCCAGGGUCUCAAGCCAGAGUCUCCCCCUAUCCUAUCUGGAGAUGCCACCGGGGCUUGAACUUGAGACCGUCCUCACGCCACCCUCCCUCCUUCCAAGUUCAGGUGCUGUAAUUUCCCAGCCUUCAACUUUUCCAAAGGCUAGGAGCUUGUGAAGCUUCGAGUCCAAAGCAGUAGGGCAUCAGAUUGUACACCGAAAGUUGAUCGCUCCUGACGCUCCUCCAAAUCCAGAAGCUUUGUGCACCCUAUAAACAGCAGCUUGCAGUAACCAUUUUUGUUCUUUCCGUAAGAUUUCAACAGCAAUCCGGAUUUUCCAUUCCAGAAGACGCCAUGGCAGAGCAUGGGGCUCACCUCACUGCGGCCUCCAUCUAUGAGGACAGGCCAUCCAUCUUUGAGGUCGUUGCCCAAGACAGCUUGAUGUCAGCCGUGAGGCCCGCACUGCAACAUGUGGCCAAGGUAACAAAAAUGCCCCAUGGGCAGCAUUCCACCCUGCUGAGUGGUAUUCAGCAGGAUGGCCUACUGCUACUUCUCUGUGCUUCUGGGACCGGCCCAAGAUGGCUGUAAAAAAAUGUUUUAAGUGUAUUGUAAGGUGCAUUAUACAAAUGUGACACUAGAUGGCAAUUGCGAGCUAUGGCAAAAUCAAUAUAUUUUUCAAAACUUUUUUUUAAAAAAGCAUUUUCACAUUUUUAUUUGUCUAGAUUCGACCUAUAGCUACUGCUGAUUUCAAUCAUCCAUUGAAUAUUUUUUAUAUACCUGCUUGUCCAGUAAUUCUAAUGCUUUAUAUUUUUAUAAACAGCUUCAAUCAAACAAUAUAUAAAAAUUUUGUUAAGUGAAAUAACUCAGUAAGCAGCCCGGAAGCUCAGGAGAACCUAGGAAGCUGUGUUUUACCUUGCAUGCUUUUGCAAAGGGGCAUCUGUUUGGCCACUGGGAGGCUACUGGACUCGAUGGCUCUUUGACCUGGUCCAGAAGGGCUCUUAAUUCUUAUACCAUUGUUCCAUCUAGCUCAGGAUUGUCUACAGCCUUCCCCAAAUGAGUGCCUGCCAUGCUGGCUGGGGCUGAGAGUUACCCCUGAGAAAAUGCAGCUCUUAUCAGGGAUGGGGAGGGGGGAGACUUCCUACCCCUUACUUAGGCCUUGCUUUCUCUUGCGCCAGGUGCUGGCUGAAUCCAACCCUGGCCGUUACGGCUUCCUGUGGCGCUGGUUUGACGAAAUCUAUGCCCUCCUGGAUCUGCACCUCCAGCAUCACUUCCUCUCAAGGUGCAGCGCCUCUUUCGCUGAGAACUUCUACAGCUUGAAGAGAGUGGUGAUGAGUUAUGGGGGCAGCAAGCCCAGGCAGAGGCGCUCAGUCACUGCUGGGUUGCCACGUAGGCCUCACUGGAAGUCCCUCUGCCUGCUGGUCCUCGUUCCCUACCUGAGGACCAAACUGGAGGCGCUGGUUUCCCGUCUCCGGGAGGAGGACGAUUAUUCCAUCCACCCGCCAUCGUCGGCCUGGAAGCGGUUCUACAGGGCCUUCCUGGCCGCUUACCCCUUUGUGAACUUGGCUUGGGAGGGCUGGUUCCUGGUCCAGCAACUCUGCUACGUCCUGGGGAAGUCCCGGCACCACUCGCCCAUGCUGAUGCUGGCUGGCGUCCAGCUGGUCAGGCUCACGGCGGAAGAUGUGCGAGCCUUAGAGAAGGCGGCAGCGGCUGUGAGCGGGAGCCCACAGCCAGCAGGAAGGUGAGCCGAAAUGGGGGAACGGGCAAGCUCUGAAAGGGACAUAAGGACAGCCAAACCAUCUGUCUGGACCAGGGCAGUGCAGCACGCAUGCAGGCUAUUUUGGCAGCCCUCAGCAACAUUUGACACUUGCAACCCUUGUGCUGCCUUCCCAAAGCCAGGUAAACAAGGUCCUGGGUUUUGGGAAGGAGGUGUGAUGGCUCUGGCAAGAUCCCACCUCUUUCCCAAAGCCUAGUGUUUCUCCAGCUUGGGAAAGAAAGUGGGAGGGCUUUAGAUCCCUGCCAGAGCCUCACACCAAUAUAUUGGAGCAAUCUACAAUUGGGCAAAAGAUUCCUGCAUUGCAGGAGGUUGGAGUAGCUGACCCUUGUUGUCCGUUCCAACGCUACGAUUCUAAGAUCAUAAGACUAAUUGUGCAUAAAACAGUACGAUAAAUUCCAAAUUUUAAAAGCUGAAAUCGGAAAUCAGGUAACUGUUCUAUCCUUAAUUGCCUAUAUAUGAGAAUAAAAAAGUUUUCAGCAGGCAGUUUAAAAGCUGGCACGGAAGGUGUGUGCUGAAUCUCCAUUGGUAGAAGAUUCCCCAGUUUUGGGCAGGUGACACUAAAGACUCGGUUUCUUCCUGUUGUCAAAUGAGCCUCACCAACCUGGUUAGCUCAGUUGGUUAGAGCGUGGUGCUGAUAAUGCCAAGCUUGCAGGAUCGAUCCCUAUAUGGAACAGCUGCAUAUUUCUGCAUUGCAGGGGGUUGGACCAGAUGAUCCUUAGGGUCCCUUCUAACUCUACAAUUUGAUGAUUCUAACUCAAGGAACCCACUCUGCUCCUGCAGAUGAGCUCAGUGAUCGAGCUGGAAUAUAAGGGUUCAGGCAAUCCCUGAGUGGCUCAGGGCUCUGCAAAUUAAGAGAAGAACCUUGAGACUGGCAUCGUAGCAGAUGGGCAGCCAGUAGACAGUUAGCAGUAGUGUCAAAUUUUUCGGCCAGAUGUCCUCAUCAGCAGUCUGGCCUCUGCAUUGAGCACCAGCUGGAGCCUCCGAUCCAGGCCUCAGGGCAGCCCCACAAAGACUGCAUUACAUUAAUCCAGCCCCAAGAUACUGACUACAGUGGUCAGCUGGCAGCAGAGAAGAUGCCUUCACUCAGUGCUCUUUUUUAUCUGUCUUGUGUCUCAUAGCUUGAAACGGCAGGUACAGUCUGCCGCAAAGAAAGCCUUGGGCGGCCUGGCUUUCUCCCUCUCCACCGGGCUCUCUGUGGGCGUCUUCUUUCUCCAGUUCUUGGAAUGGUGGUACUCGUCUGAGAACCAGGAGUCCAUCAAGUCCCUGACAGCUCUGCCUACCCCUCCGCCGCCCGUCCACCUGGACUGCAGGGCAGGCUCCCCACUCUUGCCGAAGCUCAAGACCGUCUGCCCGCUGUGCCGCAAAAUCCGCGCCAACGACACGGCCCUCUCCACCUCCGGCUUCGUCUUCUGCUACCGCUGCGCCUACAACUAUGUGAAGCAGCACCAGCGGUGUCCCAUCACAGGCUACGCCACGGAACUCCAGCACCUUGUCAAACUGUACACCCCUGAAAACUGACAGAGGUGGCCCAAACCCUCUGUCUCAGGCACCAUGUGGCUGGAUAGGAUACUUGAUUAUGUUUUAUGUGUUUCUCUUGUACACACAUGAAAUUUAUCUGCUACGCAGGCAUCCCGUGACGUUUUAUUGGUGGUCUCUGUGAGCUUGGCUACCGUAUGAAAAGCAGGCCUUGAGACCUCUCUGGUUAUCUCACUUAACUUAUUUCUCCUAGAAGCUGAGGAAGAUUAGCUGAGUGAGAUAACUAGAGAGAUAAGCCUGCUUUGCCUUCUUCCUUUCAGUACAUGAAGGCACACCUCCACUGCAGGCUCCCAUAUAUGAGAACCCAGAAGGCUCCUUGUGCACAGAGUGGUAUGCCUCAACUUUCUUACUGGCUCUUUUGCUCAGCUAAUUUCCCCCUGUAACAAAUUAGGCUGUGAUGGGUAUCAAUGCAUGUGUCCCUUCCAGAGUCCUGACAAAUCUAAUCCAAAACUGCUACAGUGGUACCUUAGUUCUCGAAUUUAAUCCAUUCAGGGAGUCCAUUCGUCUCCCGAAAUGGUUCGGAAACCAAGGUGCGGCUUCUGAUUGGCUGCAGGAGCUUCCUGCACUCAAUCAGAAGCUGCGUUGAACAUUCAGCUUCUGAAAAAAACGUUUGCAAACUGGAACACUCACUUCCAGGUUUGCGGCAUUGUUUGACAACCAAGGUACCACUGCAUGGUGAAACUGUUCUUUUAGCCAAGGAGCUGGAGAAGCCCCAACUAGAGAACUCUCAGUAGUCAGGGCCAGGCUCUGGUGAGCACUACAGGAACACACAACCUGUGUCCCUCUAGAUGCUGGAGCAAGGGUGUGGAGUAUUCUUAGGGCAGGCAUCCCCAAACUUGGCCCUCCAGCUGUUUGGGGACUACAGUUCCCAUCAUCCCUGACCACUGGUCCUGUUAGCUAGGGAUGAUGGGAGUUGUACAGUGGUGCCUCGCAAGACGAAAUUAAUCCGUUCCGCGAGUCUCUUCGUCUUGCGGUUUUUUCGUCUUGCGAAGCAUGGCUAUUAGCGGCUUAGCGGCUAUUAGCGGCUUAGCGGCUUUAAGAAAAAGGAAACAAACUCACAAGAACUCGUAAGACGUUUCGUCUUGCAAAGCAAGCCCAUAGGGAAAUUUGUCUUGCGGAACGACUCAAAAAACGGAAAACUCUUCCGUCUAGCGAGUUUCUCGUCUUGCGAGGCAUUCGUCUUGCGGGGCACCACUGUAGGCCAAAAACAGCUGGAGGGCUAAGUUUGGCCAUGCCUGUCUUAGGGGAUCCCGAUUCCCCUCACGUAGCUACAACUUCUGGUUUAUCAAUGCCUCUUCCCAAGGAAACUGGAGCUUUGUAAGGGGAACCAGGGACUCCUAGCAACUCUCUGCAGCCUUAGUAAGCCACCGCUCCCAGGGUACUUUGGAGGAAGGCACGGCUGUUUAAAGGGCUAUGACACUGCUUUAAAUGCACAGUGCAGAUGGGCCCUAGGAUGGCCAACUGUUGACUGCAGCUCCCCUCGGCCCCAGCUAGUGUGGCAAGUAACCCAGCAAUACCAUGGAAGCACCUUGUUGGUCAGCCCCACCAUAAACUAUGGCAAACGACGCUUUUGUGUCCAAUUCCAGGAGAUGUUCUUAAUAUCUGGUGAGGGAGGGCAGGGGUCAGAGCAGGACUCUGAUAGGAGGGAUUCUCCUCCAAGGGCUCCUCUUCAGGAGCAUGGCGCUUGGUGUAUGAACCUCCCACAUCAUCAUCACCUCUUCUAUGCAUCAACAGGAACAGAAGACCAUUACCUGCAAGAUAUGGAAACAGAGGUUCCUGUUAAAACGUUCAAGCGAAUGCGAUCCAAAAAACAUAUAAGACAAAUAAUGUUUUACACCACAAUUCCCAUCAUCCCAAGCCACCACAUCAUUUUGGACUCUUCCUCAACCCCAGCCUUGCCCUUCCGGCUCAUGGGAGUUGUAGUCCAAAUCAUUUGGAGGGUAUCAGGUUACAGGAAACGCUGGAUACAACAAUUCCCAAAUAAAAGUUUAGCUGUCACCAGUGAGCUUCAUGGCUGAGCAGGGAUUUCAACCCUGGUCUCUCCUAGGUCAUAGACUCGGUUUUUUAUAUACAAAAAUGUAUAAAUGAUCCUGGUUUUUCAGAUUCCUUGAGCUUGAAAACACUGUAUUCACAACUGCAGGUUCUUAAAAGUAUUUAGAUUCCUUAAAACAUUUUCUUGGAAUUCCAAUAAAAUAUAGUUAGAAUUUCUUAUUUACUAAGAAUUCCAAUAAAAAUAAUUUCC